AUGACCAAAAACUGGAAAUCAAUCGCCGAAGCCAAAAAUGCAGAAACGAAGGCGAAGAUUCCGCGGGAAUGGCUAAUCCCCCUCCCCCCCGCUGAAAUUCGCGAUGUCACGGGGUACGCCAGCCAAUUCUUGACCCCGGCAGAGAUAGCAAUCACCGAGAGCACGGCACAUGAGCUGGUGGGCAAGCUAGCCUAUGGAAAGUACUCUUCUCUCGAGGUCACCAAGGCUUUCUGUCAUCGUGCCACUAUUGCCCACCAAUUGACAAACUGCCUCAUGGAGAUAUUCUUCGACAAAGCGUUCAAAAGAGCACAGGAGCUGGAUGACUACUUCCACGAGUACAAAAAGAUCUCGGGGCCGCUUCAUGGCUUGCCCGUAUCGUUGAAGGAUAGUGUGAGGAUUGAGGGCGAGCAGACUACCAUUGGGUAUGUUGGGUGGAUAGGGAAGAAUGAUACUUCUGAGAGCGAGGCGCUGGUAACCAAGAUACUGAGGAAUGCUGGUGCUGUGUUUUACGUCAAGACUAGUGUGCCGAGUGGGUUGAUGAGUGGGGAGACUGUGAACAAUAUCGUGGGGUAUACUUGGAAUCCGAAAAACAGGCUUUUGUCUUCCGGCGGCUCGUCGGGGGGAGAAGGUGCAUUGAUUGCGAUUCGGGGGAGUCCAAUGGGCGUUGGAAGUGAUCUUGCUGGUUCAAUACGCAUCCCGGCAGGAGCAACUGGCAUAUUCGGCUUGAAGCCUUCCUGUGGCAGGCUUCCCUAUAAAAACAUCGCCCAAAGCCCGAACGGACAAGAGACAGUCGGCGGGGUAGUGGGUCCAAUGACCAACUCAAUCGCAGAUGCUCGACUCUUCGUUCAAACAAUUCUGGAAGCAGAACCCUGGAAACAUGAUCCCGGAGUAAUCGAGUUGAAAUGGAGACCUUUGGAAGAAGACGAGACACGUGAGCACGCAAAGAGGGGACUAUCCUUUGCAGUCAUGAAACACAACGGAGAGAUCACUCCCCAUCCACCCAUCCUCCGAGCACUCGAUAUCGCCGCGGCAAAGCUUCGUUCCCAGGGACACGAGGUAAUCGAAUGGACACCCCCCUCGCACAAAAUCGCAAACAGCAUGCUAUUGGAAGCUCUCUCUGCCGACGGUGGCGCACACACUCGUCGCAACCAUGCUCUCUCUGGCGAACAGGUCUUGCCACAAAUUGCCGCCUCUUUCAGUACCACCUUAGGAAGCCUACACGAAAAGUCAAUGACAGAGCUCUGGGACCUGCAUGUCCGCAAACUCACAUUCCAAGAUGCCUACCAGACGUACUGGAACUCCACAGCCUCCCUGACAAAGACCGGUAGGCCAGUCGACGCGUUGAUCCUUCCAUGGGCUCCCAGCGCCAGCUAUCCCCCGGAGAAAUUCUGCUAUCUAGGGUAUAGCGGAUUCGUUAACCUUUUAGAUUAUACUGCUUCCGUGGUGCCGGUUGGGGUUAAGGUAGAUAAGAGUAUUGAUAGGAAAGCAGUGGGGUACGAGCCUGUGGAUGCACUUGAUAAGUUCGUGUAUGAGAGUUAUGAUCCCGAGGUUUAUCAUGGUGCACCAAUUGGUAUUCAGAUUGUAGGUAGGAGGUUGCAGGAAGAGAAGGUGCUUGUUAUCUCCGAGGUUGUGGAGGCGGCUUUGAAGGCGUAGGUGCUUUGGCCUGUAGCGUUUUAUCUCACGCAUACUGGAUUAGCCUUCUUCGCCUAAUGGAUUCUUGACCAGCCAAGGUUUCAAGCUUUGCAUCGA